AUGGUCAGCACAAGACUGCAGUGUAUGAAGGUUAUCCAGUGUCAUCUUGUGCCAGCAGAAUUGCAAGGAGAGCUACAUUUUUCAUUUUACAUAUUCCUUAACAGAAGGAACUCCACCAAUGUGCCUGGCUUCAUCCUUGUGGGGCUGACGGACUCUGUAGAGACACAGCUGGUCCUCUCUGUGCUCUUUCUCCUGAUUUACCUGAUCACAGUGCUGGGGAAUGCAGGUAUGAUAUUGAUCAUUUGCUUGGAUCCCCAGCUUCACACCCCCAUGUACUUUUUUCUCACUCACCUGUCAUUUCUUGACCUCAGCUACUCAAGUGUCAUCACACCUAAAACCUUACAGAACCUACUGACUUCCACCAAGAGCAUCUCCUUCCUGAGCUGCUUCACCCAGAUGUUCUUUUUCAUCCUCUUGGCUGCCACUGAAUGUUUCCUUCUCUCCUCAAUGGCCUAUGAUCGCUAUGUAGCUAUCUGUAACCCUCUGCGCUAUCCAGUCAUUAUGUCCACAGGAAUGUGCUGCACCCUGCUUGCUAGCUGCUAUGUUAUUGGCUUUGUGGAUUCCAUUAUGAGUGUGAUUUUCAUGAGCAGACUGCAUUUCUGCAAGUCUAACAUCAUCCAGCACUUUUUCUGUGACUCAUCCCCAAUUUUAGCCCUGUCCUGCAGUGACACAUUUGAGGUUGAAAUCAUUAUAUUCAUUUUUGCUGGAUCAACCAUAGUGCUGUCCCUCAUCAACAUAUCUGGAUCCUAUAUGUCCAUCCUCUCCACUAUCCUGAAAAUUAAUUCCACUGCUGGAAAGAAAAAAGCCUUCUCCACCUGUGCCUCCCAUCUCCUGGGUGUUAUCAUCUUUUACAGCACUACAAUUUUUGCUUACCUAAAACCCAAGUCAUCCUAUUCUUUGGGAAAAGAUCAGGUGGCUUCCGUGUUUUACACAAUUGUGAUCCCCAUGCUGAACCCUCUCAUUUACAGUCUCAGAAACAAAGAGGUGAAAAAUGCUGCUGCUACAUUCCUGCAGAAGAGAGAGGGCUGCAGGCAGUUAAUAUCACAGCGGUGCUAA